UGUUCAUCAUAUGAGGCAGCUGCAGCCUGGAGACACAUGAUCCAAGUGUUGAGCUGUCAUCGGUUAGAGAUUUCACAGAUGGAUCCUAUUGAGGACUACAAGUCUCCUUUCAGCUUUGAGGAAGGCUUUAACACCAACUACCUUUACUUGUCCACUAAUGAGAGCUUCACUCCACUCAGCUCACCGGCACUGCCAUGCAGAGGUUCUCAGAGACCAGACUCCAUCCCAGAAGUGGGGGAAGAUGCAGCGAGCGCACUGCAGCCUGCCUCUAGCACAGCCCUUACAGAGGAGGAACAAGAGGAGCUUCGUAGUGAACUGGUGAAGGUGGAGGAGGAAAUCCAGACUCUUACUCAAGUGCUGGCUUCUAAGGAGAGGCACUUGGCAGAGAUCAAGCGGAAGCUGGGAAUCACUCCAUUCAAUGAGCUUAAACAGAACCUGAGCAAGAGCUGGCAGGAAGUCACUACAUCCACAGCGUAUAAGAGGACGUCAGAGACGCUGAGCCAAGCUGGCCAGAAAGCCACAGCAGCAUUCUCCAGUGUGGGUUCAGUCAUCAGCAGAAAGCUGGAGGAUGUCAGUAUACGCUCCAUACAACACUCCACUAGCAUGCCUGUGAUGAGGAACACUCCCACCUUCAAGUCGUUUGAGGACAAAGUGGACAGUUUAAAGACCAAGGUGAGCCCCACUGCAUCUUCCUCCGAGCUGGGGAUUGAGUCAGAAUCGACGCCGAUUGCAGAGCCGGUGGUCAAGCAGCCAGGAGGGACGAGUGUUCUGGCUUCAGAGCCACAAUGAGCAACAGCUUCUUCACCUCACUCACAGCCAGACUCUUCGCUUCUUCCACCUCUUCUCCCCUCCGCUUCUUCUAUCCUAACAUCAUACAUAGCUGAAAAACAAAACUGAUGCUCUGUGCUCACUUUUUUUCCCUGAAACUAGUUAGGAAAAAUGUAUUCAUAAGAAAUAUAUCACAUGGACACAAGAAGAGCAGAAAGAUGAGUUCACAGUUCUCUAACAAUAUCACUCGCUGUCUAGGUUUUCGCACUACAUGGAUUCAUUUUUUAUUUGAGUUCCGUUAACUGCAAUCAUUUCAUCCACUGAAUGUUCGCAUCAGUCUGGUAUCCAGAACGUGUGGUAGGCAGACACUGGAGCUGAUCUUGGGUCAGGUGGAGAUGAAUGAACACUCUGGGCUUAACACGUUUGUACCUUUGUCUGUUAUCUGCUUGGUUUUCUUCCUUAAAGCCAUCCAAACCCCAAUGUGUAUGCAUACAAAAAGGCCAGUGUGCCCUUCAUGGGUUAAGUGACAUAGGGGAUGAAGUCUACACUGGUAGCCCAGCCCAUACAUGACCUUUAAUUGCAGUUUUGCUAGUUUUGCUAUUUAUAGGAUAAAUAGUGAAGCUGUCAUUAGAAGCUCAGUUAUGACAUUUCAUAGAGAUAAUGUUUUUGUAUUUGUUACAUUUCUCUCUAAAUUAAACACUGCCAUAAAAUAGCACUAAGAAGUUACCUCAUAGCGAAUGAAGACUUUUCUACUACAUAUUUUCCCUGUUCCCCGAAGCCUAAGUGUUGUGGCUUCACCUUCACAGGUAGGUUUAGCCUGGUGGUCUUGAAUAACGCAAAUGUAUAUAUUUAAAAGAAAAAAAAAAAAACAAGUUUAUAUAUUACCAAAAAGCUAAAAUAUUGAAAACAAUUAAGUGCUUUGUGUAGAAUUGUUAAUGUUCAGAUUUAAUAGAGAGAUAAAUAGAAAGUCUAGACUAGAAAGACAAAUCUAUGGAAAUCUAAACACAUAAAGAUGUAUUGCUUAUUUAUUCCUUCAUAUAGGUCCACCUCUGUUUGUGGUGAGCACAUGGUGUGAGGUGUAAGGAAUAAAACAACAGGGCUUGGUGUUAGAGGAUGAUGAGUGUCAUCAUGGUGGUGCGACUCCACAAGUUUGAUUUUGUAGUUCAUUUUCCUAUAACAGCGUAUCUUGAAGUUUUUAUUCUUCAUGUACUACAGAGAGGCUAACAUAUUUUUUUAUUCAUAAAAGAAUCACAUAAGUUUUGUCCAUUUAUAGUUACACUGUUUUUCAGUGUGUCUGAAAUGUUUGGUUCCUGUUUUCACUCAGCUUUCUUUUUUCUGUCUUAAACCAAAUAAGACAAAAUAUGCAGCUUGUACUGAGAAGCAUUUCAUCCUGAGGAAUUUCCUGUAGCAGACAACUUGCUAGCAGAUUUACUGUUACUAUGACUGAUAGAGAGCACUGACAGUAGAAAUGCUAAAAAGAUGAUGUUUACCAUGCUAACAAUUACACACGUUCAGCUCAUUUAUUUGGAGCGCCAUUUUACUAUGGAAAUGAUAACGUAUUGAAAGAUUGCACUAAUAUUGGUGUGAUUUGUCAGAGCUGCUGUAAGAACUUCAAUCAGCACUUUCUAUCCGGCUAGAAAUCGAACAUCGCUGUGGUACCAGUCACUUUAUUUCACUACAACAAGGUCAUACAUUAUGCAGUUUGUGACAUUUCAUUACUGAGGUCUUUAAUUUUAUCAUGUUCAAUAAUAUUACAGGCACAACUAGCUCUGAGUUUUAUUUCACAGGUUUUGGCUUUUCUUAAAAAUGUGAUUUCCUGAAACCUGUUAUUUCACAGGUUUUGGCUUUUCUUAAAAAGUUUCCACUUAGUUGUUUAUAAUCUAAAACCAAGGCAAUGAAUCUACUUCAGGAUUCAGCAAGACCACCAUUUUGUCUAAAUUCUUGCAUCUAAUUGCAUAUAAACAUGAGCUGUAGACGUACUGAUCACACAGGAACAUUGGAUUUGGGUGUUGCAGCGAAUGUGCUUUUAAAUCAAUGACUUCAUGUCCAGACUCAAAAAUCAAUGUAAAGGCCACAUGGACAGGUUGGAGUGAUUCUCCUUGGCUUCUUCAGCUGUUUGACAUUCCCCAUAGUAGAAAUCCCCAACUGCAUGAUAAUAAUAAAAAAAAUUUCCCUUCAACUUUCGCAGCUCUUGCUCAGAAGCCACUUCAUUGCAAUGUAGAGUUUACACUAAAUUUAUAAGUCAAGCUUGUAAAAGUUUGUUUGGAUGCUUAAGCAUUACUAUUUUUCUGAUUGUUUUCUAAAAUAUUUUUUUUAUAUGCAGCAGCAAUGAUAUUUGUGCCACUUCUUAUAUGUCAGACACUGAUCCUUUUAUUUAGUACAUUUAGACUCUGGAUAUGAAUUAUUAAUGACAUUAGUCCUGUCCACAGUUCGUCUCAUCUGUUAAGCUCUGUUUCUACUGAUUUUUUCCCCUGAAGGCUUUGUGCGGACAUCUCUGACAAGUGUUUGCAUUGUCUGUGAGCUAAAUCACACAUUGUAGUUGAUUCAAGAUGGAAAAUGCUAAAUCACCUGUUUUUCUUUGUAUGUCUGCUCCUAAAUAAAGCACAAUAAUUAUA